AUGGCUCGACUGACUCUUCCAAAAAGCCUCCAAUCUGUACCUUAUGAGAUGCCAAACCCCCACCUAUCAAAGUGGGGGUAUCCAUUUCUGGACAGAAAGGCCACAUAUAAGGCCAAAUACUCGUCACUCAGCUCUCAGUCCCUUCUUUUACACUCCAGGAAUCAGCAAGCCAUCAUGUCUCCCGCCGACGCCGACGAAAUUUCUGCUCUCCUCCACGCUUACGGCAAAGCUCUGAGAAGCCGGAAUGUGGACGAAGCAGUAGCUCUUUACACAGAAGAUGGGGUCAUCAUGCCGCCGCACUUCUCGGCCAGUACAGGCACUGAGGCUCUACGCGACUCAUACACACGCAUUUUUGCAACCAUUCAGCUCAUUAUCACCUUUCAAAUUGAAGAGAUCGUUGUUAUGUCUCCGGAGUGGGCUUUUGCCAGGACGACGGCUGAGGGAACGAAAACGAUACUUGCCACUCAGGAGUCUGAGCCACAUGCGAAUCAGGAAUUGUUCAUCUUGAGGAGGGAGCAUGGGAAGUGGUUGAUUGCUAGAUACGCCUUUUCUAGCAUGAAGCCGUUGGUGCAGAAUGGAAUUCGACGGAGUUAG